GACCCGGGGGAGGGCGGUUACUCAGGCCAGGCCACGCCGGAAGAGUGAACUCCCCGCCUUCCGCCCUUGGCUUGCGUCUGUCUGACGUAGGCGGAAGUGGUGUAGCGGUACCGGACAUGGGGCGGGACCUGUCCCCCCUCCACCCCUCCCACCCGGCUCCCAGAGAGCUUCCUAAAGCGAGCGAGCCCAGUCUGCGCCUCUUGAAAUGGAGACGGUUGCUUCUUCAGAUAGCUCCCCAGCUCUGGAAAAUGAGCAUUCUCAAGUUGAUGCAUGGAAGGAAGCUUCUAACUAUCCCACCCUAUGCAGAGACCCCAGAAUCCAACAAUAGUGUGUAUACUUCCUUCAUGAAGUCUCAUCGCUGCUAUGACCUGAUUCCCACAAGCUCCAAAUUGGUUGUAUUUGAUACUUCCCUGCAGGUGAAGAAAGCUUUCUUUGCUUUGGUGACUAAUGGUGUACGGGCUGCCCCUUUGUGGGAUAGUAAGAAGCAAAGUUUUGUGGGCAUGCUGACCAUCACCGAUUUCAUCAAUAUCCUGCAUCGCUACUAUAAAUCAGCCUUGGUACAGAUCUAUGAGCUGGAAGAACACAAGAUAGAAACUUGGAGAGAGGUGUACCUACAGGACUCCUUCAAACCACUUGUCUGCAUUUCUCCUAAUGCCAGCUUGUUUGAUGCUGUCUCUUCAUUAAUUCGAAACAAGAUCCACAGGCUGCCAGUUAUUGACCCAGAAUCAGGCAACACCUUGUACAUCCUUACCCACAAGCGUAUCCUCAAGUUCCUCAAACUGUUUAUCACUGAGUUCCCCAAGCCAGAGUUCAUGUCUAAGUCUCUGGAAGAGCUACAGAUUGGCACCUAUGCUAACAUUGCUAUGGUCCGCACCACCACCCCUGUCUACGUGGCUCUGGGCAUCUUUGUACAACACCGAGUUUCAGCACUGCCAGUAGUAGACGAGAAAGGGCGUGUGGUGGACAUCUACUCCAAGUUUGAUGUUAUCAAUCUGGCAGCAGAAAAGACCUACAACAACUUAGAUGUGUCUGUGACGAAAGCCCUCCAACAUCGAUCACAUUACUUUGAGGGUGUCCUCAAGUGUUACCUGCAUGAGACUCUGGAGACCAUCAUCAACAGGCUGGUGGAAGCAGAGGUUCACCGACUUGUAGUGGUAGAUGAGAAUGAUGUGGUCAAGGGGAUUGUAUCACUGUCUGACAUCCUGCAGGCCCUGGUGCUCACAGGAGGAGAGAAGCCCUGAGCUGGGGAACGGGUCAGGCAGCACCAGGGGACAUACCCCACUCACUGCCUGCCCACAGUUCUAGGAACCACAGAUGAAACCUUAAGAGAAUUGUAACUCUGUUCUCUGCUUGGGAGCCCCCUAGCUGGGACUCCCUGGGAGCUGGGGAAGGUGUGGGGGGAGGAAGGAGAAUGGAUUUUUAGCUGUCCUUAUCCUCACACAUACAGCCUAGCCCAUCUUAACCCCUGCCUUCUUAGACAUAUCCCCCUUACUGGGUGAAUGAUGGGCUGUGUGCCCCUCAAGCAAAUUCUGAUCUCUAAGAGAUCCCCAGACCUCACCCAGCCUUUGCCUCUGCCUUUGCCCCUGACUCCACCCUGAGAUAAUAGCACAACAAACCCCUUCUAAAGGUAUUUUUAUUUAUCCUGUUAAAUGCUGUAUGGAGGAGGCUGAGUCCAUUUAGUGACAUUUCUUCCCAUAAUGGCAGUGGGGAGGAUUGUGGGGAGGAGGGCCUUUGGGUUCCUGUGCUGUGUGCAUAUGAAGGGAGGUGGGGGUUAGGAAGAGGAGGAGGGCAGAGUGAUUAGCUGAGGUUAUUGCUUUUCAUGGC